CCUCCAUGGAUGUAAUUUUCUUGUGAACUUUACCUCGGAUUUUACCUGAGAAAACAGGAUAAAAUUAUGUAAUAACAGAAUAAAUACAUGCAUUCGAUAGAUAACAUUCUUAUCUUUGCAUAUAUAUUGUUUUGGUGUAAAUGUGAAGCGUACUGUAUGUGUGAACAAGGGUUUUUGCGGGCGACACCCAGCUCUACGCAUCGGAUUUCUGUAUACAAAUGUACAGCUGGUUCAUGUACAUUUUGAUGGCCUAUGCUUUAUGGAUUUGUGUACAACAAUGUAGACGCAUGUCAUGAUAUUCUAGAGUUGCAAAACUACUUCUGUGAGGAAUACAUCAUCUGAGUAUAUAUCUAUAGUCUGAGUCAUUGUAUUUGUUGAAGAAGGUAGAAUGUUCAACCACACCCUGAACUAGAUCACCAUGGCAACCAAUAAAAGGUGCGCUAUUGCCCAAGACCCAGACUAUGAAGAGGUCGCUAUCCAUCAAAACAAGCGACAGAAGACGAUUGAGAAGGAUGGGAAAGAGGCGACGAAGAAGAAAAUUGAAGGUAUAAUUCGGCGACAAUUUGUUCAAGAGAUCAUGAACAAAGAGCAGGAGAUUCUCAAGAUUGAUGAUCGUAUCAAUAAUUGUCGUGCUGUGCUUGACAAAAUGCGAGCAUGCAUCGUGGCAAGGUAUUACGGCUGUGCUGGACAAACCGGAGGGGCCAUGGGCCAAUCCCUGGGAAGAUUGUCAAAUCAGCAGCCUUCUAUUCAUCCCUCGGUGAAGAGAUUCCUGGGGAAGACAACGAGAUCUUCAGGCUCCUUUGCGUCGGUCAGAAGAAAUGUGACGAAGAAGAAUGAUGCUGAGGCUGAGGGGAAAGUCGAGUCAUUUUCACGCCCUGCCACACCUCUACCGGUCGAGAAGAAUGCAAAGGUUGAUUCCCACAAAGCAGACGUCACAGAGGGCAAGAAGUCGAAUACCACUGAUCCGUUUGACGUGAAAAGGUCAUCAAGAUUCAAGGUCAAGAAGAGAAUCAUAGUUGGUAAUGUCUCAAAGUAUAUACCAUUGGACAAGCGAGAAGACAAUGACCCGGCCACUCACAAGUGGAUGGUUUAUGUUCGUGGUCCGCCGGACGAAGCCAAGAUCUCAACCUUUGUGAAAAAGGUCUGGUUCUUUCUUCAUCCAAGUUACAGGCCGAAUGACUUGGUGGAAAUGAGUCAGUACCCGUAUCAGCUGACUCGUCGAGGUUGGGGGGAGUUCCCGAUCCGAGUGCAGCUCCAUUUUAAGGAUACUCGUAACAAACGUGUCGACAUCAUUCAUUUACUCAAGCUUGACAAGACUUACACCGGCCUGCAGACACUGGGAUCGGAGACAACUGUCGAUAUCGAAAUUGAACGGGAGGACAUGCCUGCAGCUACUAUCACCAAACCUCUCCCCCAGGCAACGUCAACCCCAGUGCAAACGCAGCAGGAAAAAAUCCCGAACAAACGUGUCAUUAGCAGCAGUUUGUGUUCAACUAAGAAUGAAAGAAAAAGUUUAGACUCUUCUGGAAAUAGUGUCGAUUCUGACGCGCAGAAUAGCGGUAUCCCUAAAAGAUGUGGGAGCGAAAUCUCAGAUACUAGUAUGGAAAGUGACAGUUUAGGUGGAGUUUUUGGUUCAAAUAAACUAACAAGAGAAAAUGGUUUAAAACGGACGAGUUCCCUGUCGAGUAACAUGUCGAGUAGUUCAGAACUAUUUUCCCUUGAUCAACGGAAGUUUUCUAUUGAUGAGUGGUCCGCUGCCAGUAAUAGUCGCGUGCCAUCCGUGACAACGACUAGUCCCUCGGAUGUAUCUGCGCCAACCACGUCACGUGGCACAACGCCAGAUUUCACCUCUGUGAAGAUAAAAGAAGAACCAGUUGAUGAGAUGCCACCUCGUGUCAGGAUUUGUAAACCAAAUAUUAGUCUGAAUUUGACGGAGGGACCCCUCGCACCUUCUGGGGGGAUACAGAUUAAGACUGAAACAGGGGAUUUGGAGGAUGUCAGCAGUGCUGUGACUACUCCUGAUUCUGGUAUUGGGAUACGUCCAGAACCAAUGGAUUUGGGUGCAGAUGGUGCCAGUUCAACAAAAGAAAUACCUGAAGCACUUAACAAUGUUCCAUCAUCUGUUCCCAGUUUCGGCUCUAGUUCAAAUGAAGCUUUGUCCUCUUCAAAUGUGUCACCAGCGCCACCAGUGGCUAGUAACAAAACUAGUCUUCAGAGUAUGGUUACUGCUGUUUCAGGUGUUAAUAAAGACCUCACAGCUCCGGGAGGAAAAGGGAGAGGUUCUCAUUCUUCAGGAGCUCCUGUACAGAAUCUCUACAUUAAAUGUGUUGAUCCGAAGGGUAACGUUUGCCUGAUACCUCAGCAUCUUCUUAUGAAAGCUCCGCAGGGAACCUCUAUUGUAAAACCUGCUGUGAGUCCACUGCCUGCGGCAGGAAAAACCGGGACAGGACAGAAUGUUGUGAAGUCACCUGCCGGCACUAUUCAGAUGUUGAUACCAACUCCAGGGAUUACUCCACCAGGAACUAAACCGAGAAGUUCUGUGCCAAUGUUGAGGCCAACCGACUCCAAUCUUCCUGUCCGAGCAACAAAUGUUGUCAGUUCAGCAGUGCAGCUAGGAAAUUUGGUUCUCCGUGCAACACCACCUGGAGUUGGUCCAGGAACACAGAAAGGGUCUGCCGCUAAAGCUCAACCGGCAGUUACGAGACUGUUUCUAGAUCCAACUGCUGGUGUCCAGGUUGUUGGCAAACCGGAACAGAUGACUGUAUCGUCAAGGCUUAAACCUCCAGGUUCUGUGUCUCUUCUGAAUCGUUUACCUUCCCUAGCAACUAGUGUUAAAACGUCUGUUGCUACAACACCAGGACUUGUUACCAUGGGAACCAGCAGUGUUAGGCAGCCAUCGCCUGGGAAACCCGGAAAAGGGGCAUCAGUGCCUCCUCUCCUAACUUUGAAAAACCUGUCCCCAAAUCCCCCAACUUCCGUGAACUUAAACUCCGUCCCCACCGAAUCAUCUCUGGGUCAAAAUCCUAAUGUGCUAACGAUCACGUCCCAAUCAAGCCCGAUACCCAGUGCCACUGGCCCUCCUCCGACGGCACAGCUCGUCAAGGCAAAUAUGGGCGGGAAAGUUGUCUUGCUACAACUUUCCCCAAAUCAACAACCUGUGGCAAAUAAGGCAGCAAAAGUGUUAACAGGUGGUGCUACGAUAAAGACUGAAAUUGGGGUGAAAUCUCUACCAAGUCUUGCAGAAAGUAACUCUGUGGUGAAAACAGGUCCUGAUGGCAAUAUAACGAUUACUUUGGGAACAGGAAACUAUCAGGCUGCCUCGCAAAAUGUGCAAAAACCAUCAAGUUUACUCAAAACUGGUUCCCAGAGUUAUACGACAAAGAAUAACAGCAUUUUCCACCAGGAGAGCAGAAUCUCAAAUGUGAAGACCCUACCAAAGGAACAAUGGGUGAAAUAUCACCAGAAACGGGUCGACGAGGUCAAACAAACGGAGAAACCGGUCAACCCUGACCUCUACAAUGACUUUGCAUCACUGUUGAAAGCAGUCAUCCGGCAAUAUCCCAUUGUUCACACAAAUCCAGACCGAUCCAUCCAUCCAUACUGUGCGAGAAACCUGCAACAUUUCAGAGGAUGGAACAUUGGGAAACGGCGCGCAGCAGAGUGGCAGAGAGCUUCUGAUGUUCAAACAAGGCUUCAGACCCUGUUAAAAGAUGGCAGCACCUUCAAAGGAGAGAAGAUCUGGUCAACAAAGCGUAUCAUGAUCUGGUGUCGUCAUCAUUUGUACACACCUCCUGAUCCGACGCACUACUCCCAAGAACCCCACCAGGUGGAAACACCAUCAAAAGUGGACAGCUUUUCGGAUAUGAGCCCGAUGGUUGCUAAUAUACAACCAUUAGAGCACACUCAGGUUGAUGACAGUGAUUCAGACAUGGAGAUUGUGGAUGUGGUUGGAAUGGAUUUUGGCAGCUCUCGUAUCAAGAAGGAUAAGAAAUCUCCAGUGAAGGAGGAGGAAAAGGUGAAGUUCUACAUGCCGGUCACAUCCGAAGCGGAGUUUAUCCGAGAUGUUGCCGAAACGGUUGGCGUUCAGCUGAAGUCAGUUGAAGUGGAGGCAGAUGUGUUUGCACCUCUUGCUGAAAGGGUCAUAUUUACUGCCAUGAAAGAAUUUACUGCAAAUAUUCUCAGAAAUGCCGCCAGAAUAAAAAUACAAAAUCAGGGUACUGGUGACGAACUGACGUCCAUAGAUAUCUAUAAGUCAAUCAAGGAUAUAAAACAGUGUGAUUUUCUCACAAACGCAGGACUUGGUCGGGAAAUUGAUCAAAAAACAUCACCCAGUAAACCUAGUUGAUGGAAGCAGUAGGACACUUGUCUGACGAGGCAAAGUUCACAUCCAGAAAUUGAUGGUCAAUUUGUGUUAAGAGACAGCAAUAUCCUGUAAACAAAGCUAUGUCAAAGACAACUUCCUUCAAAAAGUGAACACUACCACACUACCACAACUCUGUUAACUUAAUACCCCUUGUUGGACAUUGUUCACUAACCCCUCAGCAAUACGCCUGUUGCAAUGGCGGUUCCCCCUUUUCUUGGGUAGUGGUGUUCUUUUUGUUGUCUAAAAGAAGAAUGAUGUGACUGGUCAGAUAUCAUAAAUAACUCUGUUAUGUUAUUAAUAAAUGUAAUAGAUUGAUGUGUUCAUUAUUAUGAGUUUAAAUGUUCAUCUUCAUCAGCUACCUCUUCCUCAUUCAUCAUGUCAAAUCAAUUGUGUUAAUGUUUACGUACAUUCGAAAACGUUAUUUCAUUGGACACUCAACAGUUUUAGAUACCAGGGCUUGGUUGUUCAAAAGCACAAAAUUCAUGUUAUCCCCAUCAACAAGACUAGUAUAGAUCACACCAUACUUGCCAUCAGUAACGUAAAGUGUGUUUAAACUUGAAAGAAAUCAAAAUAUGCUGACUUCCCUGCUCUUCUCGCUUAAUCAAAUGGGACAGUAUCUUUUUCCAUUGGAAGAAAACUAAAUCAGCCAGUUGGUCAUCAGAAUGAAAAAGGUCCUUGGUAACUUGCUUUAUCUCAAUGAUCUGGCUUCAACUUAAUUAUGUCCCCUUAUUUCAUCUUUGCCAUAUUUUCUGGUUGUAUAGUUAUCUAUAAAUGACUGUUUUGUAUUGAUAUUUUAUUGUACUGUAUUGUACAAGGAC